CCAUGUCUGGCCGUGGCAAAGGAGGAAAAGUUAAGGGAAAGGCAAAGUCCCGCUCGAAUCGUGCCGGUUUGCAAUUCCCGGUUGGUCGUAUCCAUCGGCUGCUGCGUAAGGGCAACUAUGCCGAACGUGUCGGUGCCGGAGCGCCGGUAUAUCUGGCCGCCGUGAUGGAAUAUCUGGCCGCUGAAGUUCUCGAGUUGGCAGGAAACGCCGCCCGUGACAACAAGAAGACGCGCAUCAUCCCACGUCAUCUGCAGCUUGCGAUCCGCAAUGACGAGGAGUUGAACAAACUGCUGUCGGGAGUGACUAUCGCCCAGGGUGGCGUCCUUCCCAACAUCCAGGCCGUGUUGUUGCCGAAGAAAACUGAGAAGAAGGCCUAAGUCUGAGUCGCCACGAUCGAUCGUAUCGGCAUCGUACACCCCAAAGCAAAAACCGUCCUUUUCAGGGCGACAAAAGUCAUUAGGAAAAGAAGUGUAGCAUAGCACAGUACAGAAAGAACGUUUCAGUCGCAGGGAUGUUGAUAUAAAACUGAGAAAAAAAAUAAAACUAAGCGGGCUUCUGCAGACAGCAAAUAAAAGUUAUAAGGCUCAGAGCCACCCCUAAAGCAGAUACUGAGUAAAGAGUAGGAAUCUAGAUUAAGUUGGCAACACUAAAGUGUGAAAUAUACACCAA